AUGGACGAGGAAGGACCACAGAUUCGUGUUAAAUUUGUGACAAAAGACGUGUCCAUUCGCGUGACGGAGACGCCAUUUGCAGUACCAACACGUCUGAAUCGUCGUGGCUUGUCACAAAUUGUCAAUCAUUUGCUCGAUACAAAUGACAAGUUGCAACCUUUUGACUUUCUUAUCGAUGGCCUCUUUCUACGCUCAUCGCUUGACAAAUAUUUGCAGCUAAAUAAUGUGUCAGAGGAGACACUACUGACGCUCGAGUACGUCCAGGCGCUUCCUGAACCUCAAAAACAAAAUGACAAGGAACAUCCGGACUGGGUCAGUGCUGUAGCUGCUUUAGAGGAUGAUCUGGUCGUCACUGGCUGUUAUGAUGGUCUGCUACGGAUAUACGACGCUCAGGGAGACUGUAAAACCUCGAUGAAGGCUCAUCAGGGAGCUAUCAAAGCAGUGAGUGUGUCGGGCACGAAGGGAGAGUUUGUUAUUUCGAGCAGUGGCAAGGAUCAACUUGCACAAUUGUGGCGGUAUACGGCUUCAUCAGCUAAGCUGUCGCCAUUGGCGGCGCUGACGGGACACUUGAACAGUGUUGACGCCGUGCAAAUGCACGCGUCGGGUAAGCGUGUAGUUACUGGCAGCUGGGAUAAUACAGUGCGUGUGUGGCAAACACCCCCGAGGAACGAGGAGGAAGGCAAUGAACAGCGAUCGGCAAAGAAACACAAGAAGACGGAAAAUGGUGCAGGCACUGUUAGUUUCCAGCAGCUCGAGGCUGAAAUUGUGCUGGUUGGGCACACGAGCUACGUGACGAGCGUAGCGUUUCGCCCAAAGAAUUCAGAGCACGAUGAAGAUGUGGUUGUGUCUGCUGGUAGUGAUCGCACUGUACGUCUGUGGGACUUAGUAACCCAGUCCUGCUCUCAGUCGCUGGUUGGCAACCGUGCUGUAUCGGACUUGAGUGUAAACGCGAACGGCCUUGUGCUUACUGCCCACCCGGACCAAUGCGUUCGCUUGUGGGACCCCCGUGCACAACAGAGCGGUGAAAGUAUCGUACAGCGCACCUUCCGCUCGCAUAAGCAGUGGGUGAGCUCGGUGGCUUGGCAUCCGGAUAGCUCCGCCAACGAACACAUGUUUGUAUCUGGUGACUAUGAUGGCAUGGCCAAGUUGUGGGACGCGCGUAGCACAAUUCCUCUGCACACCGUGAAAGCGCACGAAGGCAAGUUGCUUGAUUUAUCCUGGCGGAAUCAAGGCAACAAUGAGAGCAAUGUGGUCUUCGUCACGGGUGGCGAUGACAAGAAGCUGAAUUUCUUCAGUGUAUAA